AGAUUCAAUUCCAAUAUACUUGAAAUCGCAGUGUCUCUCUCUUGUAAAUCAGAGCAUCAAUCUUUUUCCAUUGUCAGAUGGCACCAAAGGCAGAGAAGAAACCGGCGGAGAAGAAGCCAGCGGAAGAAAAGAAGGCUGAGAAGGCACCGGCGGAGAAGAAGCCGAGAGCAGAGAAGAAGUUGCCCAAGGAUGGCGGCUCCGCUGCUGACAAGAAGAAGAAGCGUACAAAGAAGAGUGUGGAGACCUACAAAAUCUACAUCUUCAAGGUCUUGAAACAGGUUCACCCAGAUAUUGGGAUCUCCAGCAAGGCUAUGGGGAUUAUGAACAGCUUCAUCAACGACAUCUUUGAGAAGCUUGCUCAGGAAUCCUCUCGGCUUGCUAGGUAUAACAAGAAGCCCACCAUUACUUCUAGGGAGAUCCAGACUGCAGUGAGACUUGUUUUGCCAGGAGAGCUUGCUAAGCACGCCGUUUCGGAGGGUACUAAGGCGGUCACGAAGUUCACUAGCUCUUAGGUUAGGGUUUCCUUUUUUAGGGAUAAAAAUUUGGUCUUUCUGAUUGUAAAGGCUGAGUUCUAUGUUGUAACUAAUCUAGUGUCAUGAACUGAAAUGGAAAUGAAAGCUAUCAUAUUUUGGUAA